UAGUGUGCGUGAAACGUUUUAGCACCCGGCCGGAAUGGUGCAAAUUGUAAACAGAUCGAUUUCGCAUGAAAGCAAAAUAAACUUAGAAGCAGUUUUGUUGAUUUUCCGGUGAAAUGUAACUCAGAUUGCAUUCUGCAGAUAUAAAUAGUGUCAUAUUUAUUAAAUAUACAGUGAAAGUGGCGAUAGUGAUAUUUGCUGAGCAAAUGUUUUUUUCUUCGAUAAGAAAGCUGUGCCUCGAAUCUUGAAGAAUUCGUUAAUAAAUAACAUCAAUGACGUCCUACAGAUGACACUUCCGAACUGAAAUUUGGUACGUGAAAGUAGAAUCACCAUCAGAUCAGCAUCCCGCCGUGUGUUCUCGGACCUGGAUGAAUAAGUUUUAAUGUCGAUGCUGCGAGAGGUUAUCGCUUGACGAAAUAUAAUCCGUGUUUGCUUGAUAAGAGAUUCAGCAAUGAGUACAAGACCCGGAGGAGGAUUUGCUUUCGAUUUCAUUUUCUGUCCAAACCGUCGUCAGUGGCAGCUGAGCAGUUCGAGUUGAGUCAGUGUUUCGUGAUUGAAAGUAUAUCCGCAAGGGACCUGGUGCCAUAUAUCUGCAAGAGGAUCUUGCGAAAAGCCUUAGCAAUAACAUAGCGAAAUAGGUGUUAGUUUGCGUGAGAUAUCAGCCGUAAAGUGCAAUAUUUAAAAGCCCAGUGCCGAACACCAUCAACCAUGUCGGCGAGUAUCGUACGUGCCGGAUUGGUGCCUCUCGCUCGCUCUCACGGCGCACCAGCGAUCACCUUGCGUCUCCGUCUGGAUAAACAUCAACAGCAUCUAGCGAGCGGCUCCAGCAAUGGCACUAUCACCACUACUGCGGUCUCCUCAGCGAGACACUUCGGAACGAUUUCAUCAUCCGCGCCAUCGCCACUGACGACGCUGCCAUCGGCCCUGCAGAAUCAACCCUUUGCUUCGACGACGAAACGAUCAAUCUGUUCCCUGUCCGGAGUCCUGAACGGUGUGAGCCUCCCCAAAGCAACCAAGAUGUCCGGCAAUGCCAAGCUGUUGCACGAGAACCUCUGGGAGUCCGACCCGGAGCUGAUGGACCUGAUCCGGAAGGAGAAGAAACGCCAGGUGCACGGACUGGAGAUGAUCGCCAGUGAGAACUUCACCUCGCUCUCGGUGCUGCAGUGUUUGGGAUCCUGUCUGCACAACAAGUACUCCGAGGGACUGCCCGGGCAGAGAUACUACGGCGGCAACGAGUUCAUCGACGAAAUCGAACUGCUGGCCCAGAAACGUGCCCUCGAAGCGUACCGCCUGAACCCGGAGGAAUGGGGCUGCAACGUGCAGCCGUACUCCGGUUCCCCGGCCAACUUUGCCGUGUACACCGGUCUGAUCGAACCGCACGGUCGCAUCAUGGGACUGGACCUGCCGGACGGUGGCCAUUUGACGCACGGAUUCAUGACCGCCACCAAGAAAAUCUCCGCCACGUCGAUCUUCUUCGAGAGCAUGCCCUACAAGGUCGACCCGGUGACGGGCCUGAUCGACUACGACAAGCUGGAAGAGAGCGCCAAGAACUUCAAGCCCAAGAUCAUCAUAGCCGGUAUCUCGUGCUACUCCCGGUGCUUGGAUUACAAGCGCUUCCGCCAGAUUGCCGAUGCCAACGGUGCGUAUCUAUUUGCCGAUAUGGCCCAUAUCUCCGGACUGGUCGCCGCCGGAGUCAUCCCGUCGCCGUUCGAGUUUGCCGAUGUGGUCAGCACAACAACGCACAAAUCGCUCCGGGGUCCCCGUGCCGGUGUGAUCUUCUUCCGCAAAGGAGUUCGCAGCGUUAAGCCCAACGGCGAUAAGGUGAUGUACGAUCUGGAGGCCAAGAUCAAUCAGGCCGUGUUCCCGGGAAUUCAGGGAGGUCCACAUAACCACGCCAUCGCUGGAAUUGCCACCUGUAUGCUACAAGCCCGGACGCCCGAGUUCAAAGACUACCAGGUACAGAUCAUCCGGAACGCCCAGGCUCUGUGCAAGGGAUUGCUCGAACGCGGCUACUCCAUCUCUACGGGUGGAACCGAUGUCCAUUUGGUGUUGGUGGAUCUUCGUCCGGCUGGCAUCACCGGAGCCCGUGCCGAGUACGUCCUGGAGGAAAUCUCCAUCGCCUGUAACAAGAACACCGUUCCCGGAGACAAGAGUGCACUGAACCCGUCCGGAAUCCGGUUGGGUACGCCGGCUUUGACGACACGAGGCUUGGUGGAGUCCGACAUGGCCAGCGUGGUGGACUUUAUCGAUCGGGGACUGCAGCUGUCGAAGGAGAUCACGGCCGUUUCGGGACCGAAACUGGUGGACUUCAAGCGAGUGCUGCAUGAGGACAAGACCCUGAACGCCAAGGUGCAAGCCCUGAAGGAGGAAGUGCAGGCGUACAGCGCGAAGUUCCCAAUGCCCGGCUAUGAGGAGUUCUAGGUUGUUGUGAGGUUUUGAGAUCUGUUUAGACUGUAAGCGCUGCUAUGACAAAAAAAACUUGAAUAUAUUCAUCUCUACAUAUAUCCGACAUACGGAAGGUGCUACUGUAUGUCUACAUAUA